CACGUUGGUGGCGUAGUUCGGCGGACAGGCAAGAUGGCGGCAUCAGCUUGGCUGCAUGGCCCGUCUGCUACGCGUUUAACUGAGGGCUUGCUGUCGGUGCUAAAAGAGCAGCGUCCAGAAUAUUUACCCUCUGUGUUGGCAAACUACAGAGAGCAUGGAGUGUUCCCCACACAGACCGCCAGUGCCGUCGGGGGUCUGGUGGGUUUUAGCCAUGCCAAACUGUCCUCAAGCAAAACCAAAUUUGAGGGCCUCUGUCUGCUCUCCAUGCUGGUUAAGGACAGCUCCUGUGAUCUAUUCCAGCAACACUGCCUCUCAUGGCUGCGCUCCUUGCAGCAGAUCAUCCAGUCUCAGGCUCCCGUGCAGACCAUCCAGCUGGCUGUGACCAUUUUGAAGGACUUGCUGCAAUAUUCGUCCCAGCUGGCCGAGCUGGCAAGAGAGGUGGGCCUCAACUGCAUCCUUGGCAUCCUCACGUCACUGCUGGCCCUCAAGCCUGAGUGUGAGCUGGCGGCCAUGGAGGGGAUGACAGCGUGUAUGACCUACUACCCCAGAGCUUGUGGAUCCCUCAGGGACAAACUGGGUGCCUAUUUCCUCUCUAAAAUGGACAGUUGCAACAAGAAAACACAAGAGAUGGCAUGCCAGUGUUAUGGCCGCCUCCCCUGCCUGGGUGGCCUCAUGGAUCGAGUGUCUGGGGCUGGCAGAGCAGAGAGAUGGAUCAAUCAGGUUCACUGCCUGCUGGCCUCGGCCAAUACCCUGCUGACUCAUAUCUACCAGGGCUCGGAAACUGACAGAACCAUGCAAUAUGAAGGUCCAGGAGUAGAGCUGGGCUUUCCUCAUCUCAGCUCGUCGGAUCCACUGCUACUUCUACAGCUGCAGAACAGAUACACAGCAGUCUGCCUGGCACUCAAUCACACUCUCCGGGUGGACCCGGCGUCAGCUGUGCGUUUGCCCGUCAGACCCAUUCUCAACCUUGUUUGCCGAGCUCUAGCUGUCAGCUCCAAGAGCAUUAAUUUAACAGGGGAUGGCAGCGUAAGGUUGCUUCUCCUGCCUGUUAUACACACCAACACACUGGAGGUCUUAUCUGCUCUCAUCACAGUUGUGCGCAGCAGCAUGGUUCAGUAUGCCGCUGUCCUCCAGAGACUCUUCUCCCAAACACUGAGUGCAUGGAUGCCUCCACCUGAAGCCAACCCUGGGCAGCAGAGAGCCUAUAGCUCAGUGCGAAUGUCCGUGUAUAGAACCUUAGAAGUUUGGGUACAGGUGGCCGGAGCCUCUGCCAGCAUCCUCCAGGGGAGUCCUAGCCACUCAGAGCUGCUGUUUAGCCACCUUUUGGGUGACAUCACCCCAGGGGCAGACUCUAUCAAGCUCCGUGCGGGUCUGUCGGCUGAAGUGGUUCCUGGAGGCAAACCGGGGCCUCGCAGGACCAAACCACUAGUAAUGGCGGAUGCUGUCGGACCUUCCCUUCAGAGGAAAGGCGACUCUUUAGCCAAUCAGGACACUUGCCUUUCCGCUCUAAGGGCGUUAAGACAAAUCAUACUGACUAAUGGAACACUUCUUAAGGCCGAUGUGCACAAGCGUCUCCACAAUGUGGUGCUUCCGCUGUGCGUGCGCUUGCAGCAGCAGCUGCAGUCCAGCUGCAGCACAGCUUCUGAGACAGCAGGGGGAAUAAGUGGUCAGUACGGCGGCGCCCUCACACGACGGGAACUAUACAGGUUGCUGUUAGCUCUGGUCCUGGUGCCGUCGCCCACUUGGCCCCCUCCCCUGACCUGUGCCGUGUCCAUUCUCAGCAAAGGACGUAACGACCGUAUCCUCAAGGUGUCUGCAUUCUGUACUGAGGCGCUGACCAUCUGUAACCCCCUCCUCCACCCUCGCACUCCCUCUAUCGCCAUUCCCUUACCACCUAUCACCCUUAAGCCAACCCCCUCUCCUUCAGUCCUCCCGUCUCCCCAGGGUGUGACCCCAGGCCUCCCUUUGCCAACCCUCCUUGGAGGCCCUAACUCCUCCUCUCCAUUCCCUGCCCGUCACUCCCUCUCAAUGGGCUCCACCUCUUUGCUGAGUUCCCUGGAAAACCACCUCUCUCUGCUUCCGGGCCUGACCGGCCAUGGUCACACACAGGAUAUGAUCCUGUCUCCACACCAUCACCAGCCAGACUCCUCUGCCCUGUGCCCCCCGGAGGGGCAAAGACCCGUAUUUGUGCGCUACGACAAAGAGGAGGCUGAAGACGUGGAGAUCUCUCUGGCCAGCGACUCGGACGACAGUGUGGUCAUCGUUCCUCCAGGGAUGCUCAACAUGGAGGCGCAGCAGAACCACUCGGCUGUGACUAACUCUCACAACCUGGCUCCUGCGACACCUAGAGGGGGGCCCGCUAUCGCCCUACCGGGGACUGAGUCUGUCACCAUGGCUCCCACCGCACAAGCGACCACCCCAAUGGACAGUGUCUCCCUGGCAACGUCUUCCCCUCUCCUCACUACCUCCACUGCCCCAGUCAACUCAUUCCCUCCUCAAGGGUCCUCAGCGGUUUCUCUCGCUGCACCCCUGAAUUCCAGCACGGCCCCUACAGGCGUCACGGGCGAAUCAUUGGCAGGAAGACCUCAGCUCCAGCAGAUGCUGAUGCAGCCUUCUGCUCCUCCACCCACAUCCAUGCCCCUCCCUUUGCACAUGCUGGGCCCACAGGGAAGACUCCUCCAGCAGCAGCAAGGUCCGCCUCCCAGCAAGGAGGACUCGGCCGUCAUCAACAUUAACAGCACUGACGAUGAGGAGGACAUGGAGGAUGAUGAAGACCUUGAGGAAGAUGAGGAGGACGAUGAGGAAGACGUGAGCGAUUUUCCUGAGGAGGGGGAAUUUUUUGAGGAAGGGGAGGAGUUUGAUGAAUUUGACGAAGAAGGGGAGGACCUAGAGGAGGAGGAGGAGGUAGAAGAAGAAGAAGAGGAGGAGGAGGAGGAUGAGGAGGAAGAGGAAGAUGGAAGAAUGCCUCCUUUGGAGGGAGUCGACGAGCAAUUAAAUGUUGGCGGCAUGCCAGAGGAGGAAAAACCAGACGAAGGAACUGGGGGAGGCAUACAGGAAGUGCAGCCCAGCAGAUCCAACUUUGGAGAGGACAAGAUGAAGGUGCAGGAGGUUGAGAGCAUCGGAGUCCUGGAAGGGGCCAGAGGAGAGGAGGAGGAGGAGGAGGAUGAUGAUGAGCAGGAGCGAAUGGAUGACCCCUCCAUGCCUCAAAUCCUGUGUGUGACCGGAGGAGUGUUGGAGGAGAGGGAGGAGGAGGAGGAGGAGGAGAAAAAGAAGGAAGAAGAAGAAGAAGAGGUGGGUGUGCAGGCUUUGGCUGAAGUGGCGUUUAGGGAUGCGCCAAGCUUGGAGGAUCAAGGAGCCAUUGAGGUGGAAGUGGCCCCGCCACCCCCAGAAGAACCGCAGGAAACACCAGCUGGACCCGCUCAGGAAUUGAGCGAGAAUGAUGACCUGCCGCCCGUGCUCCAAAAUGAACUGCUGGCAGGCCCACCCAAAGGCGGAUUGCUUGCCACAGAACCUGCGACCUUGUCUGGACCAAACUCACAGGAGCCAGAGAAGCGCAAUCUGGAGAAAAACGGCAAAGACGAGACUGAAUAUUCUGGGAUGGAAGGAGACGUUGGAGAGUGUGAAGAGGGUAAAGGAGUGAAGAGGAAGCGAGAUGAUGCACAAGUGGAGGAAGAGGUGGUACCAAGCCCAGAAAAGAAAAAGAUGGCUGAUGAUGCCAUGGCCUCCAUGUUGGCUGAUUUUAUCGCCUGCCCCCCUGACGACGACAAGGAGGCUCCGUCGACAUCAACAUGCUGAUAAAAACGCUACAGAAGUGCAAUUGAGGUUGCAGCAGAUACGUGACUCUUAAUUCGGACAUUUUCUGUUAUCUCAAGCAGCUGUGGUGAAGCAUCAGUAUUCACGUUGGUCAUGAUAAAUAUCAUUGCUAGACUCCCAUCAAUGUGGGGUGGCAGAUGGCUUUAGGUAGCAUGACAAUUAGUUUUACAAUAGCCAGGUGAAAAUGUAAGAACUGUAUUAUCACUAUGUAUCAUGCUCGUGACGUACUCUGCCUCUUCUUUUUCCGUUCUUUGAUCACUUGUCUCUUUUUUUUUUUUUUGCAGUAACAGUAAACUUGUUCAAAAUAUGUGUGUAUGUCAUUACUAUUUAUGUUACAUCACAUUGCACAAUUCAUGUCGGAAAAGUAGUAGCGAGAGUUAUUCAUUUAAUUUCAUGUUUAUUUUUUUUCACUUCCUGUGUUUCAAGUGUCAUUUUAAUAAUUCCUAUUGAAAAUGAAAAUAAAGUAUGGGCAGUAA